AUGGCAAAGUUGAAGGUCCUCAUCUGCGGCGCAGGCAUUGCCGGCAAUGCCCUUGCUUUCUGGCUUUCAAAAAUGGGCCACGACAUUACGGUUAUUGAGCGCUUCCCAGUCUUGCGCGCCACGGGCCUGCAGACCGAUCUGCGGGGGCAUGGUAUCGAGGUCAUGCGACGAAUGGGUCUCGAGGAAUUGUUCCGCGCGAAAUCGGUUAAAGAGCAAGGCUUGGAAGUUGUCGACCGCUCCGGCAGGCGAAGGGCCUAUUUCCCGGCGAACAGGUCAGGCAAAGGGAUACAGAACUUCACCACCGACUUUGAGAUAAUGAGGGGAGACUUAUGUCGGCUUUUGUACGGCGCCACGGUGGAUCGUGUCAAGUACAUCUUCGGGACGAGUCUCGAAAGUGUCAACGACAACGACGGCUUUGUCGAAGCAGUCUUUUCAGAUGGUCGAAAGGAAACUUUCGAUUUCAUAGUCGGUGCUGACGGCCAGGGAUCGCGCACUCGCAGGUUGAUCCUCGACCCUGACGCUGCGGACCCUUUCCAUCCCCUCGGAGUCUAUAUAGCGUAUUUCACGCUCCCUCGACCCAUCGGAGGGGAUGACUACCUUGCCUCUGUAUAUAUCGCUUCUCAAAGGCGGUUUGUGGGCAUUCGCAGGCAUAAUACACGCGAGAUCCAGGUAUACCUCGCCUGCAAGCCGGAUUCGUGCAAGCCCAAUUCGGACCGCCUGAAGAAUGCCCAGAAGGGUGACGUUGUGGAAGAAAAGUCUGGUUUUGCGGAGAUAUUCCAGAGCGCAGGGUGGCAAGCGGACGACAUCAUCAAGUCACUGGAGCAUGCUGAUGACUUUUACUGCGAGCGACUGGGACUAGUCAAGUUGGACUGUUGGUCCCGCGGCCGGGUGGUUCUCCUGGGAGAUGCAGCAUUUUGCCCGUCGGCAACCACUGGAAUGGGCACCACUUGA